AUGCCCAUUCGCUCGCCAAGUUUAGAAAUUAAGACUUCUUCGUGUCGAUUUUCUGAUGUCCAACCCACCUCUUGGCAAAAGAGGUGGUUUGAGUUGUGUGCUCGUUGGUCUUCCUCGACGGAACUUGUUGACUAUAGUGGGCUGGCAGCGUUCAUAUGUUGGUUCGUUUGGAAAAGUGGGAAUGCUCUUCUUUUUAACAAAUCUGCUAGAGAUCCCUUCCAGGUUGCUCAGACCACUUCUAUAGACUUUUAUGAAUUUAAGGAGAUUUUUCGUCAGAACAGUCUUUUUUCUAUCCCUUCGCAACCUUCCUAUCCUAUUUCUGAGGUGUGGACUGCCCCACUGGAGGGUCUCCUCAAACUAAAUAUUAAUGUUUCUUUCAAUUCCCUCUCACUAACUUGUGGUGGUGGAUUGGUUCUGAGAAACCAUCUAGGCAGACCUAUUAAAAUUGUUUCAAUUUUCUUUCAUUCGGUUGGAUAUCCAGCUUUGGCCGAGGGUCUGGUUUUAAAGGCCUCACUGUGUCUGUUAAAGGACUGGGGUUAUCAUCAUGCUAUAGUGGAAGGGGAUUGUCAAACUAUGCAGCGCCUUCAACCUUCAGUGGAAUCUCUCUUUGUUGUCAUGGAUGACAUUUCUUCCCUCCUCUCAGAUUAUCCGAAUUUGUCCCUCGCUUGGACUCCUAUAAUUUGUAAUGUGGUAGCUCAUUUAGUGAGUAAGAAGGCUCUUGAAGCCGGUUGUGGUGAUUUGGAGUGGAACAUAUAA